AUGGCUUAUAUUACUCGUGGAGAUCCAACUUCUCGUAAAGAAGAUUGUUCUCCAUUUGAUUUAGGUGUUUUGUUUAAAGACAUCAAAGAUUUUUCUGAUCAAAGAAAAUACGAAGUAAUCACGAAUGUGUGGAAACCGGACGGCGAUUUUCAAUUCCCCAAGUCUAAAGAAGGUAGCAGGACAAGAAGAUUUAAUCCAGUGUGGCUGAAGAGUUUUCCUUGGUUAGUAUAUUCUAAAUACCUCGAUGGAGCUUUCUGUCUUUCCUGCACUUUGUUUUCCAAAGAAAGUGGCCGUAACUCAAGUAAGUUGGACAAAUUGGUCAAGUCACCGUUAACCUUCUGGACGACCGCCUUUCAGCGCCUCGGAAGUCAUUCGAAUGGUAAAUGCCAAACUCACAAUUACUCUGUUAUUGCUAUGGAUAACUUCAUAAAAAGUAUGAGAAGAGAAGUAAUACCUAUAGAUCAGCAACUUGAUACYUUAAUGCAGAAACAAAUAGCCAAGAAUCGGGAGAUUAUUUCGUCAUUAUUCAAAACGAUAAUAUUUUGUGGCCGCAAUUUCAUUCCUCUACGCGGCCGACGAGACGAUGAUCCAACUGAUGAAAAUCUGCAAGGUAAUUUUCAAGCGUUGCUCUAUUUUCGUGUGGAGAGUGGAGAUCAAGUAUUACAAUCACAUCUUGAGAAUGCACCACGCAAUGCGACGUAUGUUUCAAAAACUAUUCAAAACGAAAUGAUAACAACUGUUGGCAAGUUUAUUCUGGAUGAUCUCUCGCGUGAAAUCAGAGAGAGCAAAUAUUUUGCGAUAUUGGCCGACGAAGCUGCUGAUAUUUCUAACAAAGAAAAUCUAUCCAUUUGCUUGCGAUUUGUUGAUAAUAAUCAAACAAUUCGUGAAGAGUUUGUUGGUUUUCACCUAUGUGAAGAAGGGACAAACGGACGAGCGAUCAAAGAUCUGAUAAAUAAAGCAGUCACUGAUUUAGGACUGUCUAUGGAUGACUGUCGUGGACAGUGUUAUGAUGGAGCAGGGAACAUGGCUGGACGACUAAAUGGAGCUUCAACCUUGAUAACAGACGAUCACGAAAAGGCUAUUUAUGUGCACUGCAUGAGUCAUCGGCUUAAUCUUUGCAUUGCAGAUUCCUGUUCAUUGCAACUUGUGAAAAACAUGAUGAGAACUGUUAGGAAGCUAUCAGAAUUUUUCAACAAUUCACCUAAGCGUCAGCAACACUUGGUUGAGAAAAUCAAGGACCUGAUCCCAGACAGCAAUCAUYGUGUGUUAAUUAAUGUAUGUAGAACCAGAUGGGUGGCAAGGAUUGAUGGCAUGGACAGAAUUGUAGAAAUGCUGUUACCUGUAGCUUCAGCACUUGUGGACAUUUCACAGAACAGAGGAGGAGAUGRCAAUUGGAACAUAGACRGCAGGAAUGACGCUCAGUCAUUAUUAAAUGCCAUUUCUUUCACAUUUAUUGUUGCCAUUGUCGUUGUCAGGUACAUUCUGGGUUUGACCAGACCAUUAACCCUGAAGUUACAAAGAAAAGAAAUUGAUCUUGUAAAAGCAAAAGAGCAAAUCUCUUUACUUCAAAGUACUUUGGAGGAUAUGCAGGAAAACAUUGAUGCAAGGCAUCAUGACUUGUAUGAUGAAGCUGUUAAUCUUGCAGCCAGCGUUGGACUUCAGCCAUCAAUGCCAAGGAUAGUACAAAAACAGGAACAUAGAGCCAAUGCACCAGCUCCUACAUCUCCUGAGGAAUACUAUAAAAUCAACCUUACUAGAGCUUUCCUGGAUCACUGCUAUCAACAUGUUGGCYGGCGAUUUCAAGAGGAAGUAUACAGUUGUUAUAAAGGGCUGUAUGUCACCCCAGCUGUACUUCUUGAUAACCCAGCAACAUGGAAGGCGAAUGUGAGAGAAUUCUGCAAUCAUUAUAGAGGUGACAUACCUAAUGUUGGUGGUCUGGAAGCAGAACUGGUUAUGUGGGAGGCUCUGUGGUUAGAUCAACAAAACAGGAAUGCUUCCAUCCCAGACAGAGUAUCAGAGGCCUUGGAAGUUGUUGAUCAGCAAGCCUUUUGCAAUAUUUUUACAAUAUUGCAACUUCUGGCCACUAUUCCUAUUUCCUCAGCUUCGUGUGAACGAUCUAUAUCAACUCUUAGAUACAUAAAAACCUAUUUGAGAAAUACUAUGAAGCAAGAUAGAUUGAAUGGACUUGCCCUGAUGUAURUCCAUAGGGACAAACACAUAAACAUAGACCAGGUUAUUGAUCUGUUUGCACAAAUGCAUCCUAGAAGAAUGAGAAUGGUUGAGAUAACCAAUAAGUAA